AUGUUGGAAGUACUGAUUCGUCGCCCAACUGAAAGUAAAGAAUUACUUCCAUGUAAUCCUCAUCAACAUCGUUAUACUAUGAAAGGCGAAAAAGAAGCCGCAGAAAUGGUCAAAGAAAAAUUUCUAGAACCCAUCGGUGUAGCCGAAGAAGGGAAAAUGAUGAAAGAUAAGAAGUUCUCGAAUGAUAAAAAAUUGCACUAUAAACUAAACAGGAAUAUCGGAAAGAGGAUGGCAUUUGGAAAAACCACAAGGGAUAAUGAAUUUGAGUAUAAUUUCGUGAACAGCAACCGAAAUAAUCAGGGCGACAUGCAGGAUUUGCUGAUGGAAGAAGCAACACCUGUCGCGACAGCUUUCAGUAAAGGCACAUCAUCACUUCCACGUCGCCGUCCUUACGUAAGUAUUGCUGAAACUAUGGAAGAAAACAAACAGCUGAAAGCGGAAAUGUUCGACUUGAAAGCAUGA